UCAAUAGCUUUAAGAAAAAAGUAGAAAUCACUUCUGACUGCACUGAAUAUAGCAAAAAUCAAGUGACUUCCUACACUGCAAAUUAUGGCCCUACCAUUCCGGAAGGACUUAGAAAAAUACAAGGACCUUGAUGAAGAUGAGCUUCUUGGCAAUCUGUCAGAAAUAGAACUGAAGCAACUGGAAACUGUUCUUGAUGAUCUUGACCCUGAGAAUGCUCUUCUGCCUGCAGGGUUCCGACAGAAGAACCAGACAUCAAAAUCCGCCACAGGGCCAUUUGAUAGAGAACACCUUCUUUCAUAUCUGGAAAAGGAAGCAUUGGAGCAUGAGGACCGGGAAGACUAUGUGCCCUACACUGGGGAAAAGAAAGGGAAAAUAUUUAUCCCUAAACAGAAACCUGUGCAAACAUUUACAGAAGAGAAAGUAUCUCUUGAUCCAGAAUUAGAAGAAGCUUUGACAAGUGCUUCUGAUACAGAAUUGUAUGACCUUGCAGCUAUUCUUGGGAUGCACAAUUUGAUAACGAAUACACAGUUCUGUAAUGUAGUCGGAAGUAGUAAUGGUGUUGGCCAAGAGCAUUUUUCAAAUGUGGUAAAAGGUGAAAAGAUUCUUCCAGUAUUUGAUGAACCACCAAAUCCAACUAAUGUUGAAGAGAGUUUAAAGAGAAUUAAAGAAAAUGAUGCUCGUCUUGUUGAAGUUAAUCUGAAUAAUAUAAAGAAUAUCCCAAUUCCCACCCUAAAAGAUUUUGCCAAGGCUUUGGAAACCAACACCCAUGUGAAGUAUUUCAGUCUUGCAGCCACUCGGAGCAAUGACCCUGUUGCUGUUGCUUUUGCAGAUAUGUUGAAAGUGAACAAAACUUUGAAGAGUUUAAAUAUGGAGUCCAACUUUAUUACAGGAGCUGGGAUUCUAGCACUGCUUGAUGCUUUAAGAGAUAAUGAAACCCUGGCAGAGCUCAAGAUUGACAACCAGAGGCAGCAGUUGGGGACAGCUGUAGAAUUGGAAAUGGCCAAGAUGCUGGAGGAAAAUACAAAUAUCCUUAAAUUUGGAUAUCAGUUUACACAGCAGGGACCCCGAACCAGGGCAGCUAAUGCUAUAACAAAAAACAAUGAUUUAGUUCGCAAGAGACGAGUUGAAGGAGAUCAGCAGUAAGUCGGCCAGGAUUUAAUCUUUGGAAGACUUCAGAAGACCACCAGGGGCUCGUGUGUUGGUGAUAUCAGAUGUAAAAUUCUCCUGGGUGGAAGGGAAAAGACUGGAAAUCUCCCUCUCUCUUUCUCUGUUUCUCUUUAAACUGUAUGUAUCUUUAUUCUAGUUGUUACUCGCUUCAAAUAGUAAAAUCAAUCGUUAAGUGAUCUUUUAUAUUUUGAAGAAUUAUGUCAACUUUCUGCUAGUAUCAGUUUUAAUUGAGCUAAAUUAAAUAGCUUAUGAUGAGUCUUGGAUAAAAAUACGCAAAUGUAAAAAAGUUUUAGAAAUCCUUUACGUAGAAGAAUUUGAACAUUUUGAGGACCAAUUUUUUUAAAUAAAAAAGGGACAUUGCUGAUACCAAAAUUGCUAUUUCUCUAUAUAGGUAUGAGGCGCCUCGAAGCUCUCCUUUAUCUAUGACCUGGGGACUUUUCCAUUUUUUAAAAUACAUGAACUUGUCAAGGGUGUGUUCUUCUCCUGUACUAAGAGAACAAAAUGCCAAGAUUUUAAAACAGAUGACUUAAAAUACGGUCAUCUGUUUAAAAGCAAAAGCAGGUCUCCCUCC